AUUGAUGAAACUAACCAAGAAGCGGCCACUACUACUGGUUUCCAGCAAAAUUUUCCUCCAGUUGCUCGAUCAUCUGAACUUAGCGCCACAUCAGGACAGAAUUGCGUUCUGGGGAAGCAAGUCAACUUGGAUGCCGUGGUUUCGGCAUCAUCUUUUACUGUUAGUUCGACAUCUUCUUCAUUUGUGCAGCUUGGCCGAUUCCCUACACAUACUUUAGGAAGCGGCCUGUUUGCCUCGAAUAGUCUGGUCAAUCAAGCAACCGUAUGCUUAACAGGUGGUGUUGCCUUAUGUAGCACCAAUACUAACUCAUGUCCGCGUGCUCAGACUUCAGUAACAAUGCUCCAACUUGCCGCGGCUCCUAAUUCAACUAUUGUAACUGCCUCACCUGCCCAAUCUUACGGAAUGCAAGUAGGUCAAUCAGGCCAUUUACCGGGGCUACCUUCGAAAAUGGUGCCAGUCACUGGAGCUUUAACUGUCACAACCUCUAAAUCCCCAGAACCACCCUUGGUAUCAGCUACUGGACUUUCAGCCAGUAAUACUUUUAUACCAACUCAGGCCGCUUCUUUUUCUUCAAAUCUACAGGUCUUGCACUCGCAACAUGGAUUGAAUACGUGCCAGCCAAGUGUUUUCCAGGUUGGCUAUCUUAAUGUCACCUAA